CACACAGAUAGCUAUCAUGGCCACACAACUGAUUCUCAUUUUCGCUCUAGUGAUGUUCACAUCCACUGUUCGGGCUCAACCAGCCUAUGGAACCGGAUGUGGUUUGGCUCUUGAAGACAUCCCUAACCCAGCAUCAGAAACAUGUACAGCAUUUUUUCGUUGCUAUAGAAACCGUCAGUAUAGUUUAAGGUGUCCACUUGGUCAAGCUUUUGAUUUCGAUAAAUCACGUUGCAGACCAGAUCGUGAAAUUGACUGCCCACUCCAACUUCAACGAUUCCAGGCCCCCGCCGUACCUGCUUACUUGCGUCCACCUGGUCAGAAUCAACAAGAAAGAGAGAUAGAGAUCCGUGUGGUCCAGGUCCCACCAGGUGUUGACCCAAACUCUAUCCAAAUAACAGGGAACGUCGGACGAUUAGCGCCUACCAACAACAGACCUGUAUUUACAAACCAGUUUCCAUCCCUACUGAAUACCCACACCAGAACUGGAAUAGUCCAACAGCAGCAGCCGCCAACCUUUAAUGCUGGCGUGCAGGGACCUGGUCAAUAUAUUCCUGGUCAGGUGACACAAGGUCAGUUUGUGCCUCCACAACCUCAAGCCCAAGUUCCACUUGUCAAGCCUCAACAAGCUCCACUACAGCCAGCAGAAGGUCAACCUGGUCAGGAUGGACUGAACAUAUUGGUUCCACAACAAGCUCAAGAAGUCCCUCAGUAACUUCACGCCUGAAGACAGUAACUUCACGCCUGAAGACAGUAGCUUCAUAAACCGGGUGGAUGUGUUUUUCAACUAGACCUUUACAUUGACUUUACCCCACGAUCAUCUUAACGAAACAGACAUUGUGUCACCAUUGCUAUAAAUAAUUGCAGUUUGAUGGGCAUUAUGUUAACAUUAUAAUAGUUCUAUUUGGGAAUGGUGUAAACAUGUAGGUCAUUACUUGCUGUAUAAUAGAUAUUAUAAUUGUUAUCAAUAAUAGCCUUUAUAAAUAUAUAAUGUCCCAAUUGUUAUGUAUUAUACGAUCUCUGUAUUAGAGACAUUGUGUCAAGAUUAAGUUCAAUGCAUGUUACUAACGGCGCUCCAGUAAUGUGCUCCAUUUCUUUCCAUAGACUGGAAUUCUAUCGUGAAUCUUGAUGGACUUUGAUCUCAUUGAAACAUUGCUGGCAAUAAAUGGUCAUCAAAAACAA